GCGCGCGCUGAUGGAGUCACUCACUAAAGCCUCGCGCGCUGUGGACUGUGAGAGAAAUGCUAAGCUAAUCGUUUGGAAGCUGCACUUACCACACUGCACCGAACCGCCUCUCGCCAUGCUGCUCUUUUUGUUAUUUUUCUUUUUCAGUAGAGAAAUAUAAAAUUUCGAAGAAACCAUUUCCACCAAGGAAACGGUAAAGAAGACAUUACUUUUCAGUGUGUCUCAUAUUGUAAAAUUCCCGAGGAGAAGAAGUAGGAGCUCAAUUCUGAGGAAGAUCAGGGCGUUGAUGGAGAGGAUUUCGAAUGACAGCCGGAACAGUGGUCAUCACCGGUGGACUCAUAGCUGCAGUCAUCUUAUUGACUAUUGUUACAGUGCUGUGUUACUGUAGGCUGCAGUAUUACUGUUGUAAGAGUGAUGGGUCAGAGGAGGAGGAGGAGGAGGAAGAGGAGCCUGACUUCACCAAAUCCUUACCUGGCCCAGCACAUCAGUCAAACCCUCCAAACCCUCCCUGUUCUCUACGACCACUGGGUCCUCUGAGUCCUCCAAGUUUUCUGACUUCACCAAGCCCACUGAGUAUAUCUCUUCCAGAACAUUCAUCCUGUAAGCAGCUUCUCACAACCGCAGAGCCUCACAAGUACAACGGGCUGGCCCCCUGCACACACUAUAGCCCUGAUCUAUCCCCUGUUCCCGUGCGCUCCUACAUGUUCUGCCCCUCGUGCUCUGGCAUACUGCCCUUCUACCUGCCCCGAGACCAGGGACUAAGGAAUGGAGGAGGAAGGAUCAGCUACAGGGCCUUAGAGCAGCAAGAGUUAGACCUGCCUAUGGACAUGUCCAGCUUUAACAAGCUUAACCUCAUACGUUCUAUCACCAUGAAGGAAGUGUUGACACACCAGAGCAUCAGUACUGAUGUGUAAUUUCUUAUGAAGAUCUGGGUAGAGACUUUUCACAGAGUUUUUGAUCUGGAAAGGGUAUUAAGAUUUACAUGGACUAUCUGAAUUUAAAGGGUGUAGGAUAAUACAAUAACCAUAGAAAUCAUGACACUUUUAAAAGACUUUUUGUUUAAGGAUAUUAACAAAAAUGAAAUUGAUGAACGAGAUAUGCUAUGGAUAUGAGUACAUGCAUUUAUGUGUAAAACAAAUGUGUGAAGUUGUCAUAUGUUCUUAUCUCAUGACUAAUUAGUAAAAUAAUGUAAGUAGUUAUAUGUUUUUUAAUCAUCAAUUUAUCAAUUGUUUUAACUGCUAUUAGUGAC